AUGUUGUGGAGUUCCGGAGUGAGGAAGUUGUCUUCCGGGUUGAGGACUCUUCCUGCACUGGAACCUGCGAAGGACCUGGAGACGAGGCGGAUGAUCGACAAAUACCACAGGUACAUGUUCUUCUUCAUAGGGUUUGCAUUGGCGGCUAAUCUGAACACGAGUCUUCUCACUGAGACUCUGUUUGAGUGUGACAACUUUGCUAACAAGUGCAACUUUUCCUACUUUGCGUCUGGGUUGGCUGCAUUCCUACUCGCCUCCUUCACACUGCAUUUGGACUUCAAAUCCAUGUUGGUAUUCGGAUGGUUGUUUGUGCCACUCCAGAUAUCACUGGUGUUGAUUGGAGUGUUUGGAGAAGGUGUCGGAGCUCGCAAUGCGUUCAUCAUUUGCUACGCAGUUUACGGCGCACUGGAAGGAUUCACUCUCAAGUCGUGUACAUUCGUCAUAUCGAGGUUCUUUCUGAACUCCACAAUCUCCAUUUUGUCUGCUGGUUACCCGGCCUCUGACAUUGUCCUGGGUUGUUUUCAGUACCUGGUGGAGCAUUUGGUGGGUUUGGAGACCACGUCCAGCAUCAGACUCUGUUUGGCCUUGUGUCACUUGUUCCAAACGGUACUCACCAUCAUAGGGUUGAUCUGGGCCACUGUAUUGUACUUCAAGUACAGUUCCAGAGGUUCAGAGGAGAGUGUUGUCAGUACCCGGGGCGAGUUCUCGAGGUUCACUCAGUUUCUGAGAGUGGCGUCUCACAUCAGGUUUUACUACUCAAGGGUGAUGUUAUUUGGACUGACAAGCUUCAUAGUUGCAUUUUUCUUUCCCUGUUUGAUCCCCUUCCUCUUUGACAUCUCUCACACUGCAAAGUUGGUGAUAUCUCUGACAUUCACCUUGAUGGACGUUAUCGGCAUUUUAUACUCAUCCACUGUUGAUGAGACGGUAGACCCGUCUGGCAGGAAGGAGUCUCAGUCCCACAUCUCGUUUUUGUUUUUCAGGGACCUCCACCUGUACGUUGCAGGUGUCCUUGCUCUGGCGACCUGUGCAUUCACACUGUGGGCCAGAUGCCAGGGUGACUAUGAGUUUGUGAAGUCCGCAGAAGCGAUCUUCUUCAUCACAGUGGUUACGUGUUUUGUCGACGGCUACUUGUAUGGAAGGGCACUCAAUGGGUGCAACCCUAUUCUAGAGUACUACAACAUUCAGGUCGACGAGGAGGGCAACAAGAUAGUUUCAGACGAGAUCAUCGAGAUGAACAACACUGUAAACGACGUCUCGAUGGUGUUGGAAUACGUCUUUACGGCGGUCUCACUCUGUGCCUCUAACGUGACUGAGGAACUCAUCCUCAAUAUUAUAGCUCAGACCGCUUAA